AUGACAACAGCAAAGCCAACCUUGGAUGGCCUCCCCGACGAGGUCCUGCACUGCAUCCUAUGCUACGCAACGGCAAACACAGCACUAACCCUUGAACGAACUUCCCGGAGAUUUAAGAGAGUGACGAACUCCCCUCUCCUCUGGCGCCUACAUUGCCAGAAUGAUUUCAAAUUCUGGGACCAGCGCCAUGAACUAUCGCAAAAACUCACGGACCCCGCCUCGUCUGUGGACUGGAAGGGACUCUAUGUUCUUCGGCGGCAGAUUGAUGUCGACACAACGCAGGUGUUGAAUAGCAUUCUUACGAGCCAGACCGGGAGAAUUGAGAAGAUUCAUCGGAUUGUGGAGUUUGGGUAUGAUGCGAAGGAUACGCUGUUGCGGCAUGCAAGUGCGGGGGAGGAGUGGGAGGAUCAUCUGGCGAGACGAUACUACAGCAAUGCCAUCCUCAGCUGCCUCCAUCGGACAAUGGCGAUUCCGGUAUGGAACAGAUUGAGAAAUAGCGAAGACAUCUCAUUGGAACGUGCAUUGGGUGCUUUCGAUAUGUUCGUUUUGGAAACAGGCCCGGGUGAUUUUAAUGAUAUAUCAGCUUGCCUCGAUAAGAUUGUGACGCAAUUGAUGAUGGAAUGCCCACACAUCAUGGAUCUGAGCCCUCGAAAUAGAGCCAGAAGGAUAGCCAUGUUUCUACGAGCGCAUGAUCUAACGGGGAUCGACCCUGACCGGGAAUACUACAACAUCGAGCACAACUUUCUGGGGCUUGCAUUAAGGAAUCCAGGUCAUAAUUCUCUCCCUCUCAUUUCUUCAGCUAUAUACUGCUAUGUUGCACGGCAAGUUGGCCUUGAUGCCCAUCCCUGCGGAUUUCCCUUCCAUGUACAUGUGAUAAUUCACCCCGCGGAAGGGUACGAUAUGGAUGGCGCCCGGCUUGAUGAUAUCAGCCAGCCUGGCGAUCCAAUGUACAUGGAUCCGUUUCGCUCAAUAGAAGAAACACGGGUAACUGAGUUACAGCAACAACUGAACUUCUUGGGAGCCUUGAGUACAUCGCGGUCGAGCUUCUUACGCGAAGCACUUGUGCAGGAGAUAGUUCUUCGCUGCGGCAAGAAUAUUCUCAACUCCGUUUUCCAGAUUGCUCGUGUGAGGGAUGCCUGCGUUGAUCCAGUUCACGUGAAAUAUGCCGCGCUUUGGUCCUCGAUACUUUUCGCUGGAUAUGCCAACCAAGGCGGGGAAUUACCGGGCAUAUUCCCUCGACAAGAGGGUGUGAAUUUUGUGCUAAGACGCCAUCUGCAAUCGCUGAUGGAUAGUAUUGCUUCCGAUUUCCAAUCUGAUGUUUUCCUGAUAGAGCAGUAUUUGGUGCCACUCUUUGAGCAUCUGCCAGAGUAUGGCCCGCUUCGAGAAAGUGUUCGGGUCUUGCGGGCGGGUGAUGACAUCCCCAAACAGGUCCGGAGACGCACAUCGGAGCAUAAGAAUGUAAAAUACAAAAUAGGGCAGGUAUUCCGGCAUCGUCGAUAUGACUAUAUCGCUGUCAUAACUGGAUGGGAUGCCGAAUGCGGAGCUGGUGAGCAGUGGAUGCAGCAGAUGGGCAUCGAUCGGUUACGUGCCGGUAAACAUCAAAGUUUUUACCAUGUUUUAGUAUCCGACAAAAGCGUGAGAUACGUUGCGGAAGAAAAUAUCGAACCGAUCGCCCCGGAAAUAUCUCAACUACCGCCUUCAUUUUUGAAGCUGGGCGGCAAGCACUUCAAGAGGUGGGAUGCGCAAUCGCGAGUAUUCGUUAGUAAUAUUCGAGACGAAUAUCCAGAUGAUUAA